GCUCUGCGCUUGUCAUUGUUCAGCCCGUGCUGCGAAGAAGGGAAGAGAUGCGAUGUGUCAGGCGGUAGGAAGGCUGGCAGGUAUAUGGCAGGAAGGUGCGGUCUGAGGGCAACUCCCAAACUCGCAGCUACGAGGAGCCCUUCCCUGGGCACCCGGCCUUUCUGCCCGCUUUGGAAAUAGUUGUGUGGAUAUGUGGAAAUCUAUAACCUUUUACAGGGCGGUCCGGACUCUUCUUGCAGGAUUUGAAGAGGAAUCCUAUGAACCUUGAAUAACAUUUAAUAAGAUGCACGGUAGAAAAGAAGGUGACUAUCUGAAAAGUCUGCCAAUGGUGUGACACAAUUAGGCAAAGCCAACUUCUAGCUGGGACCAGAAACCUGAUAGAGAAAUAUCAUGUUCUUAACAUUUCCCAGAAAAUCUGUGUCACAUAAACUGAGCAUAUUACUGCUGGCUUUUGGAUUUAUUUGGGGACUAAUGCUGCUGCGCUUUACCUUUCAAUAUCCAAGACACCAAAGCAGCAGUGAACUGAGAGACGAGAUAUUGGACUUGAGCAGAAGAUAUGUGAAAGCUCUGGCUGAAGAGAACAAAGCUAUUGUAAAUGGAGGCAAUGGUGGAUCUAUGUCGGGAUACGCUGACCUGAAGCGUACCAUAGCCGUACUUUUGGAUGACAUUUUGCAGCGCCUGGGAAAACUAGAGAACAAAAUUGAUUAUAUUGUCGUAAAUGGAUCAUCUAGUAUCAGCACCAACAGCACCACUGGCAAUCCGGUGCCCUUAACUACAAGCAAACGUAGCAUUCAUGGCAGGAAAAGAUAGCGGCAACAUACCACCAACUCUAAUCUUCCCAAUACCAUCUUUAUUUAGACUUACAAAAAAUAAAUUACUUAAAGAUAACUUUAAGUGUUGAACGCAAUGGUGCCAUAGUUGGCAUGUUCUAGAAUGUAAACCUUGGCUACAGUAAAUUUAUAUGUAUAUACAUAUAUUUCUUUUUUUAGUGUUUUCUAGAAUAUUGGUGAAUUAAGUUUGAUGCUUCGCUCUGCAUUUUAAUCUUAGUACUGUAUAAAAAAUAUAAAAAUAUUUUGAAUUUAUUCUAAAAACCCCCCAAAACAACACCUGUAGUAUAUUAUAUUUUGCUACACAGAGAUUUAUGUUUGUGCUAAGCUUUGAAAGUGUGACCCAAAGAAUGUAUUUAUUUGCACUAUUUGUCAAAAAAUAACAGUAGACUUGCUGUAUAACACUUAUUUAUGUGCAAACGUGAAUAGUGAAGCUCUUAAAGAGACAAUAAAACCUUAUGAUUAGAAUUAUAAUAAAAGUGCUGUUCCACUUAA